CCUUCCUCAGCGGCCACCCCCAUGUGCUCGUCAUCCUGGGGGCUUCCGGUGACCUGGCCCGGAAGAAAAUCUACCCCACGAUCUGGUGGCUGUUCCGGGACGGGCUCCUCCCGGACGCGACGCGGGUCGUCGGCUUCGCGCGGUCGCCGCUGUCGGUGGAGCUGAUCCGGGAGCAGACGCUGCCCCACCUCAAGGUGACCCCCGAGGAUGAGCCCCGGCUGGAGUCGUUCCUGUCCCUGCAGAGCUUCGUUCGGGGCCAAUACGGGGACGAGGCCUCGUUCCGGGCCCUCAACUCCCACCUGCAGGCCCUGCCCGGGGGGUCUCGCGCCCACCGGCUCUUCUACCUGGCCCUGCCCCCCAGCGUGUACACACCUGUCACCAGGAACCUCAGGGAGCACUGCAUGGGACAGGGGUGGAACCGGGUGAUCGUGGAGAAGCCGUUUGGGCGGGACCUUCGCUCCUCGGAGGAGCUGUCGGAGCAUCUGAGCUCCCUGUUCCGGGAGGAGCAGAUCUACAGGAUGGACCAUUACCUGGGCAAGGAGAUGGUGCAGAGCCUCAUGGUGCUACGGUUCGGGAACAGGAUCUUUGGGCCCAUCUGGAACCGGGACAACGUCGCCUGCGUCGUCCUCACCUUCAAGGAGCCCUUUGGCACCGAGGGCCGCGGGGGGUACUUCGACGACUUUGGCAUCAUCCGGGACGUGAUGCAGAACCACCUCCUGCAGCUGCUGUGCCUGGUGGCCAUGGAGAAACCCGCCUCCACCGACCCCGACGACGUGCGCGACGAGAAGGUGAAGGUGCUGAAGAGCAUCAGCCCGGUGGAGCUGCCGGACGUGGUGCUGGGUCAGUACGUGGGGGACCCCGAGGGCCCCCCCGAGGCGCGGAAGGGGUACCUGGAGGACCCCACGGUGCCCCCCGGCUCCAACACCCCCACCUUCGCCGCCGCCGUCCUGCGCGUGGCCAACGAGAGAUGGGACGGUGUCCCGUUUGUCCUGCGCUGCGGGAAGGCCCUGAACGAGCGCAAGGCCGAGGUGCGGCUGCAGUUCCGGGAGGUUCCGGGCGACAUCUUCGCCCGUCAGUGCAAACGCAACGAGCUGGUGGUUCGGGUGCAGCCGCGCGAGGCCGUCUACGCCAAACUCAACACCAAGAAACCCGGGAUGUUCCUGAGGCCCGAGGAGUCCGAGCUCGACCUCACCUACGGCAGCCGGUACAAGGACGUGAAGCUGCCGGACGCCUACGAGCGGCUGCUGCUGGACGUGAUCUGCGGGAACCAGAUGCACUUCGUCAGGAGGUGGGGUCCUGGGGGGGGAUUUGGGGGGGUCCCAG